GAGCGCGGAGAUCCCGGCAGGGCGGCCGCCGACGCAGCAGCCGUCCCCGCUCCCGAGCCCCGAGGCGCGCGGGUUGCCUGGCGGCCCAGGCGGGCGCUUGCGUGAGGGCGCGGGGGCGAGCCGCCCCCAGCCGCCCCCCGCCCGCGCGCGGACCGGCCCAGUGCAGCCGCGGCGCGGGGAGCUGCGGCCCGGCGAGGGCGAGGGCGAUGCCGCGGUGACGGCCCCGCCAUGGCGAAGCCCCCGGCGGCGGCGGCGACGGCGGCGGCGUCGGAGGAGCUGAGCCAGGUGCCGGACGAAGAGCUGCUGCGCUGGAGCAAGGAAGAGCUGGCGCGGCGGCUGCGGCGAGCCGAGGGCGAGAAGGUGGGCCUCAUGCUGGAGCACGGCGGCCUCAUGCGCGACGUGAACCGGAGGCUGCAGCAGCACCUGCUGGAGAUCCGCGGCCUCAAGGACGUGAACCGGCGGCUGCAGGACGACAACCAGGAGCUGCGCGAGCUCUGCUGCUUCCUCGACGACGACCGGCAGAAGGGGCGCAAGCUGGCGCGCGAAUGGCAACGCUUUGGGCGCCACGCGGCCGGCGCCGUGUGGCACGAGGUGGCCCGCUCGCAGCAGAAGCUGCGCGAGCUCGAGGCGCGCCAGGAGGCCUUGCUGCGUGAGAACCUGGAGCUUAAGGAGUUGGUGCUGCUGCUGGACGAGGAGCGCGCGGCGCUGGCGGCCGCGGGCGGCAGCGGCGGCGCGGGCUCCCGCAGCUCCAUCGACAGCCAGGCCAGCCUGAGCGGACCGCUCGCGGGCGGCACGGCGACCGCGGGGGCCCGCGACGUGGGCGACGGCAGCAGCACGUCCAGUACGGGCAGCGGCGGCAGCCCGGACCACCACCAUCACCACCACCACGUCCCGCCCGCGCUGCUGCCCCCCGGGCCACACAAGGCCCCCGACGGCAAGGCCGGAGUCACGCGCCGCUCCCUGGACGACCUGUCGGCGCCGCCACACCACCGCAGCAUCCCCAAUGGCUUGCACGAUCCAUCGUCCACCUACAUCCGACAGCUGGAGUCCAAGGUGAAGUUGCUGGAGGGUGACAAGCUCCUGACACAGGCUGGCCCCGGAGAGUUCCGGACGCUGCGAAAAGGCUUCUCCCCCUACCACUCGGAAUCCCAGCUCGCCACCUUGCCGCCACCCUACCAGGACGCCCUGCCCAAUGGCCCAGCCUGCCCCGUGCCUGAGCUGCCCUCGCCCGCCUCUGCAGGCUACAGCUCUGCAGCCCAGAAGCCCGAGGCUGUCGUGCACGCCAUGAAGGUCCUGGAGGUGCAUGAGAACCUGGACCGGCAGCUCCAGGACAGCUGCGAGGAGGACCUGAGCGAGAAGGAGAAGGCCAUCGUCCGUGAGAUGUGCAACGUGGUCUGGAGGAAACUGGGUGACGCCGCCAGCUCCAAGCCCUCUAUCCGGCAGCACCUGUCUGGCAACCAGUUCAAGGGACCCUUGUAGGGCCGCCCUUCCACGGCUGCGGACUGGCACACCCGGGGCCCAGCUCAAGCGACCCUUGUAGGGUCGCCCUUCUACGGCUGCGGACUGGCACACCCGGGGCCCAGCACUGUCUUCCUUCUUGGGGGCGAAUUGUACAUAGGACAUGGCGUGCUCUGGCCUGGUGGCUGUGGGUGACACUGACCAGGCCUCCACCUCCCACCUCACUCACCAGCAAACGACCGGACGAGAAGCCGCCGACCUGUCCCCAAUGGGGCCCCGGGCCCUGGCCGUGUUAGCGAGAGGCUGGAGGCUGCUGGGACCCCAGGCUGAGGGACAGGCCUAGACUCCCGUGUCUCACCACACCUCCACCCUGCUGGCCGUGG